AUGGCCAUGUCGGCUACUCCUGCAACCCUUAACGUAUUGCUCUCAUUUCCCUCUCCUAAUCAGAGGAGGUUGCAUCUUGGAACAUCUAAUCAAUCUUCUUCUUUCCUUCGUACCCAUUUGGUGAACACCAAGUCUUUUAGUCGGACCACAAUGACUGUUGCUGUUAAUGCCUCUCGUUUUGAAAACAUAACCAUGGCUCCUCCCGACCCUAUCCUGGGAGUCUCUGAAGCUUUCAAAGCUGAUACACAUGAAAUGAAAUUGAACCUUGGGGUAGGAGCUUAUCGUACAGAAGACCUUCAACCGUAUGUGCUUAAUGUUGUCAAGAAGGCUGAAAAUCUGAUGCUGGAAAGGGGAGAUAACAAAGAGUAUCUUCCAAUCGAAGGGUUGGCAGCAUUCAACAAAGUUACUGCCGAGCUUCUCUUUGGAACAGAUAACCAAAUUAUUUUGCAAAAGAAAAAGCGCAAAUCAGUCAUUGAUGUGUGUGUUUUCUGUUCUCUUAAGGUUGCUACUAUUCAAGGUCUUUCGGGUACAGGAUCUCUAAGGCUUGCAGCUGCUCUUAUUGAACGAUAUUUUCCCGGUGCAAAAGUUCUGAUAUCAUCACCUACGUGGGGAAACCACAAAAACAUCUUCAAUGAUGCUAGAGUUCAGUGGUCAGAAUAUCGAUAUUACGACCCCAAUACUGUUGGCUUAGAUUUUAACGGGAUGAUAGCUGACAUAAAGGCCGCUCCUGAUGGAUCUUUUAUAUUGCUUCAUGGUUGUGCUCACAACCCAACCGGCAUAGAUCCAACCCCUGAGCAGUGGGAAAUCAUCGCUGAUGUCAUUCAGGAGAAGAAUCAUAUUCCAUUCUUUGAUGUUGCCUAUCAGGGAUUUGCAAGUGGCAGCCUGGACACAGAUGCAUCAUCUGUGAGACUUUUUGCUGCCCGCGGUAUGGAACUUCUGGUUGCUCAGUCGUAUAGCAAAAAUUUGGGUCUUUAUGCUGAAAGGAUUGGAGCAAUCAAUGUUGUGUGCUCCACCGCAGAUGCAGCAACAAGGGUAAAGAGUCAAUUAAAGAGGUUGGCACGGCCAAUGUACUCGAACCCUCCUGUUCAUGGAGCUAGGAUUGUUGCUAAUGUGGUUGGGAAUCCAGAACUAUUUAGUGAAUGGAAAGACGAGAUGGAGAUGAUGGCUGGAAGAAUUAAGAGUGUGCGGCAGAAACUCUACAGCAGCCUCUGCACAAAGGAGAAGACUGGAAAAGAUUGGUCAUUUAUUCUCAAACAAAUUGGGAUGUUCUCAUUUACAGGCCUUAAUAAAGCACAGAGUGACAACAUGACGAACAAGUGGCAUGUGUACAUGACAAAGGACGGGAGAAUAUCUUUGGCUGGAUUAUCUUCAGCGAAAUGCGAGUAUCUUGCAGAUGCAAUCAUUGAUUCUUACCAUAAUGUCAGCUAG